UGUUCUUAAUUAAUCUAUCUCGGUAACACUUGAGGGAAGCGUAUUUCCUGACAACUAUAAAUUUUGUGAAGAAACAAGCUUUUUCAGCAGUUGGAUUGGAAGCGGGCGUGAACAUCGAUUCGAAAUGGUGACAGGAAUCACAGUAGCUGGAGCAUUGCUGGGGUUGGGUUGUCAGUUGUAUUCUAAUGGCGUGCGCAAGCUUCCCCUGAUGAGGCACCCAUGGGAGCAUGUGUUGGGGAUGGGUUUAGGGGCUCUCUUUACCAACCAGCUCGUUAAAUGGGAGGCCAAAUUGCAGGAGGAUCUCGACAAGAAGAUUGAAGAGGCCAAAGCCUGCAAUAGGAGAAGGUUUAAUGUUUCUGAUGAGGAGUUGACUACUGGCCUUCCCAGGGCUCCAUGGAGCAAAUAAUGGUUGUUUUCUGGUCUCUGAUUUAAGGGACUAAAGAAGUGAUGGAUGCUGUUGUUUACUAGACUCCAUGGCACAGAUAGUUGCAUUUCUGGUUUUCUGGUCCCAAUAUAAUAAAGGGCUAACUGCAUAAAGCAUUCAAAAUAGGAAUUAAUUUUUACCAGAUAUAAAAGAACUAUUUGAAAUCUUGAACUAUUCUGACAAGAUUUGUAUCCUCUUUUUAAAGUUGAAACUGAUUUCUUUC